AUGAAUGGUCUCGGCAUUGACUUAGGAAUACCAGAUACUGCGCUCAAUGACGUUCGGAUGAAUGUGCAAAACAUUUCCCAAAAAACAUCCGCGCCUCCCAAGUCUUCUCGCCGCCGCGCCAUUGUGCGGCAGAAAAACCAUGAUGGCCAUUUGGCACAAGCAAGUACAACGCAAGGAGUAUGUGCAUCUUUGCCUAGCAUGCCGUUACGUGAAAAUCGCUUGAUUACAAACAAGAGUGUGAAUGUGUCGCCCAUGUGUGUGAUGAAGCACCCACUUCCGCCCAAGCCAGCUGUCGAAUGGUCAGUCUUUGACGAUGUCCAUUCAGCCAGUGCUACGAGACGGGCUGACACGCCAAGUGAUUCAGCUACAUCAUCACCGCGGCCUCAAGUGCAAUUUCCCGGGUCGCAAGUCAAAUUGCCGCCAGUGAGCUCAUGCGAUGCACAACCCAUUCCAUAUCCUCAAGCUCCCCCCUUUCUCCCAGUACAUCAUGUAUCUCUCUCGCCUGCUACACCCAUGGUUCACUCGCUUCCAAGCAAACCAAUUGUGUCGAUGUAUCCUCCCGAGCGUGAUGAACGUAUCGGUAUCGAAUUAUUUGUGGAAAACAACCUCAUUGUAGAGGGAGGGUUAUUACACGGCAGUAUCCAGUUGAAUAUCCCCAACCACACAGACCGAUCCACUGCUAUGCUCCUGGCACAGCCUCGUGUACGACUUAUUGGAUACGAGUGUAUGCCUGAUGAAGAUAUCCGUCACAUAUUCUACCGCCACAUGUCUGUGAUUGAUGGCGACCGCAGCUUGGAUGGUCCAUCAGAGCCAUAUAUUCUACAUGGUACUACAAACACGUGUGAAGGAGAAGGAGGAGGGGAUGCUAUCCUUCCUUGCUUUGCGUCGCUUCCAGAUAAAGAAGGUUUCUCAUUAGGGCAAGAGGGUCACCAUGCUAUUCCAUUUUCUCUCUCCGUGCCCAUGGGCAAGGGUGCUAAAGGCUGCUACGAAAGUGCAUCUUCAGAGGUGGGAUAUAUUCUUAUUGCAUCUGUCCGCGUUAAAGCGUUCGGUGAAAAGCACAGUGGUAUAGCUCAUUGUUUCCAAAAAAUGCAGCUAUAUCCAUACCUCAAUCCCACUGCAGAGUUAUCGAGCUCACCACGCCCCAUUAUUUCUCAGGCAAAUACGCCCGAGGCCAAAGCUCGAAAUAUUCGUCUUGCUGCUGCUUUACACCGUGAAACAUGGGUGGCAGGCCAGCGUGUGUAUUUCGAAGCAGGCGUGUUUAAUGGUGGAAACCAAUUGCUGAAUGUGCUUCGCAUUGCUUUAGUGCGAGUCGAAACGUUAUAUCGCGCACAUGAUCAUAUACCCGGAUCAAAAGAUAUUAUAUCGUCCACCAGUACCAUCGUUACGGAUGAGACCUUGGCAGCAGGUCAACUCGGUAGCUGGUGGACAGGGGCACGACCUGGUAAACCUAUAUAUCUCCAUCACUCACUUGUUUUACCGGAAAACACUGCUACAAUUGAGCCAGGUCGUCAUAUCAAUGUCCAAUAUGUGCUCCGUGUGGGCGUAGGUGCUGAAACCUCAACUCUUGUCGAGGUAGAUGUGCCCUUGCGUAUUAUCAAGUAUGUCUCGCUUGAUCCGCCCCCUCCUCGGCGUACAUGGAUGGGAGCCACAGGGUUGAUGGGUCAAUUGCUUGGAGACUCAGAGAACCAGAAUAUUACGGUCAAGCGACUCCAGUCGCUCGACACGAUGCGAAGUCCAUGCUCUAUGCCAUCAGCUGUUGUGGUUUCGCCAAAUGUAAGCCAACAACCAGGAAAUUCACGUACAGCGCAGCACAAACGCUCGCUUGACUUCAUUAAUAGCGCUAUUCGCAGUGCCACUGCGCGUCAUACCUCGCCAUUGGCAGCAGGUGAAGCAUCCACUACGGGACUGGGCAUUGAGUUAUCCAGUACAGAGCCAAGGAAUGAAUUGACUUCUGUCGCAACUACUCAUCAACGUGCCUCGCUCGGUCCUGCGCUCCCUUUUUUGGAGAUCAAUGACGUGCAGCCAGAACCGCAGGGAGACGUUUCUCUCCCACUUGGUGAUGAAACUGUCGAUGAUGUUGAACUUUUCUUUGGUGAACAAGGAAGAAAAAAAAUUGAGGAUGAAAGUACUCGUGCUCAGCAAUCGUGCCAGGACGGGCUUCAUGAUUUGACGCUACAAGACGCUCACUAUGAGAUGGACCGGAGUAGUUCAUCUUCUCAAGUUUGCGAUGAAUCCUCCGCAAUGCCAUCUACACCGAGGCGCGAAAGUAUUCUGCGGUAUCCAGCAAGCGCUCCUCGAACUCUACGACCCAAGUCUUCUUUCACGAUAACGUCAAGCAUUACGCCUUUAAAAGUGCGUCGUUCAAACACAUUGUCCCAGGGCUAG